CCAAACAACCGGAGAAGGAAGAAAAAUGAGCAGCCUAUCAAUCGGUCCGUUAAUUCAGUUGGGAUACAACAGUCGCCGUCUCCCUGGCAAUCGAAUCAGAAAAUCCAUCGGAAUCCGAGCGGACGGCUCCCCAGCGAGCAAAGAUCAGCAGGAGCAGCUCAACGUCUCCGUUCUCCGCUUCACAUUCGGCAUUCCUGGAUUAGACGAGACCUACCUGCCGAGAUGGAUAGGAUAUGGAUUCGGAUCACUUCUUCUAUUGAACCACUUCGUCGGCUCCGAUUCCGCCGCUACCUCGGCACAGCUGAGGACGGAGGGUUUGGGGCUUUCCUUGGCAGCUUUCUCCAUCGCUCUUCCUUACUUAGGCAGAUUUCUCAAGGGUGCCACUAGAGUGGACCAGGUGGCUCUUCCUGAAGGUGCUCGGCAGAUUUUUGUAAUGUCGCCUGCCAUUUCUGACGAUGAGAAGGAGGAAUUUGCUUGGGGGAGUUAUGUUUUGCUGCGUAAUACGAACACCGUAGCUGUGCUGAUAUCAAUCAAAAGAGAAUUGUGUGUUCGUGGGUACUGGAAUGUGCCGUAUGCUGAGGAUGCUGAAAAAGCUCCUGUUCUUGAUUGGUUCCGGAGACAGAUUGAAAAUAUCGGUUUAGGAAACUUGAAAGACGUCCUAUAUUUUCCCCAGGUGCCAGGAUCUGAACUCUGGGAGAUGCUACCCAAUGGGACUCGGUCACUGCUGGUGGUGCCGGUGCUUCAAUCUAGAGAUCAAAGUGGCAAUGAAAUAGUAAAGAACAGAGGGUUUGUUAUGUUGGCUUCGAACAUUGAGUAUGCAUAUACUGAGAAAGACCGAGCGUGGAUAAAAGUAAUUGCAAACAAGUUCAGAGGUGAGAACGCUUGUUCCAAACUCUGACAUAUGUUAAUUGAUUUUCAGCAUCAAGUCAGUAUAAAUGUUGGAUCGAUAGCCAACAAUGCGUGCUUCUCCUGCCUUUUUGUGAAUGGCAUGUUGCUGGAUUGUGAUAGCGCAGCUUUAUAAAUGGAAUGGUCAGCUUAAACAGCAGUGGAGCAUCAUCCUUAGUUCAGAAUCACUGGUCCUUAAUACUUCUCUGUGAUAGUGCAGUUUUAUAAACGGUCAGUUUAAACCUCAAAUGCCAAUAACUGGGGAGGUUGAAC